AUGUCCCAGCGACCUCCACAGGUAAAGGAUCUCAUUCAGAACAUGAUCACCUCGCGCAAGGAGGAGGCAACCUUCAAUCGCUGGAUCCUUGCCCAGGCGGCAGCCGAUGCCACCAAGAAAGCCUACUGCGAUGAGGAGCAGACCAAAACCAAUGCGCCUUGGGAAUAUCUGGAGGAGAUGGAGCAUGAGAUCAAUAAAUCCAAAAAUGGAGAUGCCAAAUUGGAAGAGCUCACUGGUACUAAGGAGAGCCUGUCCGUGAAGGCGGCCUGGGUCGUGGACAAAAAGAGUUCCGAAGCCGAGACCUUGAAAAGUGAAGCUGCAACCCUGCAGAGGGAGUUGGCCGAUUUGUCGAAGCUACAGAUCGAGAUGGACGAGACUCGAAGGGAGGAGAGUGCGGCCUUCAAGAAGCAAAAAGCGGACCUGGAGCAGGGCCUGGAAGGCGUUCGCUCGGCUCUGUCGGUGUUGCGUGACUACUACGUGGGGGGAUCCGGAGGGACAAGUUUUCUGCAGCAACCUGCCCUGGGCCAUUCCAAGGACACGGCUGCCUCCACGGGCAUCCUCGGGAUGUUGGAGGUGGUGGAGUCGGACUUCGGCCGCAGCUUGGCGCAGACCGAGACCGUGGAAGCCACCAAGGCGGAAGAGUAUGACACCAUGUCCAAGCAGAACAAGUUGACCAAGGUGCAGAAGGACGCUGACCAGAAGUUCAAGUCGAAGACGGCCAUGGCCCUGGACAAGGCGGUGGCUGAUUUGAGCUCCGACACCGCGGCCAACCAGGAGGAACUCGCGGCAGUGGAAACGUACAAGGAAAGCCUUGCCAAGCAGUGCGCGGAUGGUGGCAUGUCUUACGCCGAACGUGCUGCCAAGCGUGAGGAGGAGAUUGAAGGCCUCAAGGACGCCUUGGCCUCCCUUGGUGGAACUGACCUGAACGCCGUGCUGCUGCAGGCCGCUGGCCUGCGUGGCGCCGUGGUGAAGCCUCAUGUGCACUGAGCAUGACGCCAUGCAACCCCAUGCAACCCCAUGCAACGCCAACGCGCGG